UUGGGGCGGGACCUGGCCGCCCUCAGGGCUCCAGCGCCAAGUUCAGAGCCACGCGCUGUGCUCUUGGCCGGGAGGAGGCUGUGGUGCCCCAGCACCUUUUGCUCCACAUCUCCAGAGAGCCCAGGGUGACUUUCAGGCUGCAGUUGUUUUCAUCCCUCCCUCUGCCGCUCCCGGGGUUUAUCGUGUGUUGCUCUGUUAUUCUCAGCCCAGGCUUGCGCUGGGCAGUAGGAUGAUGCUAUUGUUGGAACCUGGGAAUGUCAAAAGCAGUAGCUGAGGUAAAAUCAUGGACUUUUUCCCAGAAGGCUGCCAGUGGAAUUGGGACCACCGUCUCAGGCUCCACCUUUAUUCUCUAGUUGUAUUAGGAAAAGAGCUGCUGUUCCUGUGCUCUUGCUGCCUGACAUGUACAGAGCCCUGUUGAGUCCCGUCCGUGAGUGCCUGAAGUGAAGAUCACUGUUCUUGUUUUACUUAUGAAGAGAUGGAGGCCCAGAGUAUUUGUCUGAGGUCAGGCAGGUAGUAGCAGGACUGAUUUGGAGCACAAGUUGUGCCCUGGAGCCUGAGUGACCAGGGCUAAUUCAGUCCCAUUAUGUGACUUCCAUGUUGCUGCAGCCCUGGCACAUGUAACAUCUAAAAUAUCACUCCACACAGCGCCAGCCAUUGCCUAUUGGCAUUGUUUGGCAGAACACUGCUCCCUGUUCUGUGUCCUGGCCAUCCUCAGUCAUAUUCAUGGUAGACUCUCCAUCUGCACAGCAGGGCCCCAUUGAAGCACUGGAUUUGCCCUCUGCUUUCACUGGCCCUGCUUCUGCACAGUCUCAGGUAUCUGAGUGGGUGAUGAGAUUGCAUCCACCCCUAUGAGGGUCCACAUGGCCAAGUUAUGUUGCACUAGGGCCACUCUCCCUGCUUCCAUGGGUACUGGCUGUGUCCGCAGUCUCCUGCACUUAGCUUUCCUGGAAUGCAGCAGGCAUUGCUGCUAGAGGGGUCCAGGCAUAGCUGGCCACAGAGCCUGUAGGGGCUGACCAGGAAUUGCUCAUCUCCCCAGUGCCACCAGUCAGCCUCUGGGAAAGCCUGGAUCACCUUCCGUGUUUAAUUUCCUCAGUGCGCCAGAGCCAGGAGAAUUCCUGGAAACAGGUGUAUUCCCUUUCUUAGGAAACCCCAGGACCUCACAAUCCAAAUGCAGAAAAGACCCAUAGAUGAUUGUCCUCUGGAAUCUUCCAAAAGGGUCUGGAGCUUCUCCAGAGACUAGGGACACUGAAGGAUUGGAAGACAGGAGGCAUUUUCUGCUGUUGUGUGUUUUAGCUGAAGAGAAAGGCAGAUGCAGCAAAGCAUGGCAUGGGGGAGUUGGGGGUACAUGGUGUCUCUGAAUAAGAUCUGGUGCCUGACCUGCAGCUCAGAACAAUUUGAGGCUGGCUAGUUGGCUUGGGUUAGGGAGUGACUUCAGACAUCUCAGGAAAAAGAGGUUAUCCAGCUGUUUGCCAAGAGUUCUUUCUUCUGUAGGUGUAGUGGGAAGGAGAAAAAUGCCCAGGCUGUUUGGUCAUUCAUUAAACACUGUUGUGUGCUGGUCCCUGAGAGCUCAGGAGUAAUGGGAAGGCCGCCAUAGGGUGGACUCUAUCCCUUUGCACUCUGCGAUAAGAAGUGAUACCCCUAAUGUUUACUGAGACAGGUUUCUUAGCACUUUCUCUAUAUUCAUUCUUCUAAUCUUUCCAACAACCCAGUGAAGAAAACACCAAGGUCACCCUCUUUAUAGAUCAGAAAACAGAGGCCUGGAGAGGACCCACACCUUGCCCAAGGUCAUAGGUUGGAGAGAGCAGAGCUGACCCUGGAGCCCGUGCACUUAACAUCUAUGUGGAUGGAAGACUCCAAGGUUACCUGAGACAAACUGGUUAAGGUAUAGACAGGGCCCUGUGGCCGAGUGUGUCCAGCCCAGUGUCACAGGGAGCUUCCACAUCUCAUGGCUCCUUGCUGGGCCAAGCCCUCCAGAACCCCAAACCCACAAAGACUGAUGGCUGCCAGAGUGGCCACCUUGCUUAUCCUGUGGCCCCGGCCCUGGUGAUCACCAUGGCAGCUGGGAAGGGAGUCCCGUUGAGCCCAUCGGCUAAAAACAGAUGGCGACUUAGCGAACCUGAGCUGGGCCGGGGCCUUAAGCCAGUGCUGCUGGAGAAGACAAACCGCCUGGGCCCUGAGGCUGCUGUGGGCAGGGCGGGCCGGGAUGUGGGCAGUGUGGAGCUGGCACUGUUGGCAGCCCCAGGCAAGCCUCUACCUGGCAAGCCACUGCCCCUGAAGGCGCGUGGGGAGCAGAGUCAGAGCGCCUUCACGGAGCUGCCGAGGAUGAAGGACUGGCAGGUGGAUCCUCAGGCCCAGGAGAGGGAGCACGAUGACCCCACAGGCCAGCCUGGCGUCCUGCAGCUGACCCAGGACGUCCCCAGAGGCCCAGCCGGCAGCAAAGUCUUCUCUGUGUGGCCCAGCAGAGCACGAGGUGAGCAGAGAAGCGCCUUUAGCAAACCAACCAAGCGACCAGCAGAGAGGCCUGGGCCAACCUCAGUCUUCCCUGCAGGGGAAUGUGCAGACACCCUGGGGGAGCUGUCUGGACUCCUCAACACCGCAGACCUCGCUUGUUGGGGUCGACUUUCAACUCCCAAGCUUUUGGUUGGUGAUUUCUGGAACUUGCAACCAUUGCCACAGAAUGCUCCACUCUGCAGCACUUUCCUGGGUGCCCCCACACUGUGGCUGGAGCACACGCAGGCCCAGGUGCCCCCACCCUCGUCAUCCUCCACCACUUCCUGGGCCCUCCUGCCACCCACCCUCACCUCCCUGGGCUUGUCCACCCAGAACUGGUGUGCAAAGUGCAACCUGUCCUUCCGCCUGACGUCCGACCUGGUCUUCCACAUGCGGUCCCACCACAAAAAGGAGCAUGCAGGGCCUGAUACACAUUCUCAGAAGCAGAGAGAAGAGGCCCUCGCCUGCCCUGUGUGCCAGGAGCACUUCCGGGAGCGCCACCACCUCUCCCGGCACAUGACUUCUCACAGCUAGCAGGUGGCCGCAGAGUGACCUGCUGGGUGCGGCAGCCAGCCUUUGGCAGAAGGGGGCUCCCUGGGCCUGCCUGGAGGGGGAUGUCAUGGUCCUUUGCAGAGCUGCCACCUUUGACAUUCAUAGAUAAACAGCUCAGGCAUAAUUUGAAAAAGCCACACCUGCAUGAUGUGUUUUGAGGGAAAUGAAGUCCUGAAAUAAAGUGAUGGGCUUUGCAAAUCCAGGGUAAAGGCCCUAACAGGCACAGAGAGCGGGGGCGACUCCUGGCACACAUCAUGGGCUUUGGAGGCACCCAAGCCUGGAUUCGAAUCUGGGCUCUUUCACAUACCAGCUGUGACCCCGGACAAAGAGCUUUAACCUGCUAAGUCCCCAUUUUCUCGUCUGUGAAGUGGAGAUGAUAACACUGUGUGUUAGGCUGGCAUUCAGGUCACAUGAAAGGCAUGUGGAAAGUGGCCAGCAUUCUGCCUGCAGACCCUGAGCACUGAGUCAACGAGGCUUGUGAUGAUGUCUGUACUAGUCAGCUAUUAUCAUUAACAAGAUCUCCAUGGCAUACAAGCUAAAGCAUCUGUCUCAGUCAUGAGUCUGUGGGUUGGCUCAGGUUAAGCUGAGCUUGGCUGGGCUUGGCAGCAAGUCUCAGAUUUGAUCAAGUCAUGUUUGUUUUCGUCUUCGGCUGGUGGGCUACCCAGAGCCGGCAUGCUUCUUUCGCGGUUAUGCCAAGAACACAAGAGGGUGAGUCUAACAAGCACACUUGAAGCCUCUGCUUGGAUUGCAUUGCCAACGUCCUCUCAGCCCAUACAAGUGGCAGAACCAGGCCCAAUACUGAGGAGUGGAAAAGUGUAGGCUGCCCUUGAUGAAGCUGUGACACGGGAGUGAGCAUCCAUCCCCUCCACAGGAGGGUGAAGAAUUGGGAUAGGUAAUUCCAGCCAACACCUGGUCCAUAGUUCUUUACAUUGUGAGUAUAUGAGUAGAGGGAAAUAGAACCCCCUCCCCACCACCUACACACAUGCCCUUUUACCUUCCAAGAAUAGGACAUGUGCAAAAACUAGGCUUCCAGAUUGUGAAGCUGGGGAGCAUUCUAGGUACCAUUUAUUAUCUGCUGCAUUUCGGUCAGUAGCUAUUGUAGGUACCCACAUCGGCCCUUGUUCCUAAGGAUGUGUGGAGCCCAGGCUGUACUCUUUGACAUUGCACAGGUCAGUCUGCGUGAAAGCCCUUUGUGGGGAGUUUCCAAGCCAGUGUCGUUUUUGCACUGGUUUCCACCUCACUGUCAGAUACUGUUCUUUGGAUGUGCAGUUUCCAGCCCCCCAGCACAGAGCUCAGGCUUGUGGCUGGGAAUAAGCCAGGGUGAGCAGGUGGGGAUCUCAGCCAGCCUCCCAGACUGCACCUCUUCUCUUGCUCUCCUCUGUCCACCCUUCCAGGCAGCAGCCCUCCCACCUGGCUGCUCUGAUGUCCUCGCUGCCUCCAUUCCUGCCUCUCACCAUGCACCCAUCCAUUGCCCACACGCACACAACCAGAUCAUCUUCUGAACGUGUAACUCAGAUGAUGCCUCCAACCCUGUGGCUGCCCUUCACACUUACAGGCCUAAGGACCCAGCAGGCCCCAGCAGGAACUGCCAGCUGCUUCACAAACAAGUCCUUGCCUGUUGUUAAUUGCAAACACUCAUUUCACGUCCCUGUGUGCCACGCAAUAGCAUAAGCACUGGAAGAAUACAGAUGUUAUAGUGAAUCCUAUCAUAGCCCUGGAAGGCAAGAGCUGUUUCCUUUCCAUUUCUACAAUGAGUCAAUUGCAGAUGAUGCUAUAACACUUCCAGUGUUUCUGACACUCCCCUGAAGCUAUGCCUGCUACCUUCAUGGGCUGAGCUUGCCCUUAUGAGGUCCACAGGUGGCAGUGGGCAGAGGGCACCCCGCGAUACCACCUCGCUGCUGUUCUGCCGUCUGCUCCCGUGUUCUGACCGCAGCUCUCAUGCCGUUUCUCAAGCCCUGGGCUUCAUUCAGCAUUUUCUCUCUAGCUCUUCGUGGUGCCGCUCCUGCUGUGGUUCCACAGGGCUGCUUCUCACAGGUCAGCUCCUUAGAGAAGUCUCCCAGAUUCCCUGUAAAGCAGCCCUGCAGCCUCUGUCACUCCCAGCCGCAUCACCCUGUUGCUUCCUUCACAGCAUGUCUCACCAUCUGCAACCAUCUUUCUGUUUGUUGUCUUGGUGAUUUGCUGCGGCCACACUGUCAGCUCCUUAGGGGUAGAGAUUGGUUUGUUUACUGUGCAUCCCUGGUGCCCAGAACAGGGCAUGGCAUACUGUUGGUGCAUAAUAAAUAUUGUGGAAAUAA